CUGAGGUGGGAAUCCAUGGCAGCCGCUGAACCGAACUGACUCUGGGCGACAAGACCAAACUUCGACAAGUUUCCUUCGCCCAAAGCCGUCGUCAUCCUGCCAAGAAACGAAUGGCAAACUGCGAACGCACGCCGCGUACGACGUAAACCUAUUCAUAUAUCCCACUCAGCGCAUAGCUAGUUUCGCGCCAACUUUACAUUGGCCUUUUCUCUCCCUCUGUUCAACAGAUUUCGCACGCAUCCCGCCUUGCAGCUACACGCCCACAACCGCGCUUCCCGACUGAUCGCGCCGAGAGACACCACCAAGGUUCACCAGCAUGCCCAGCACGAGGGUCCGCAAGGUCUACAGGACCGACGAUGUCGUGGACCUCAAGGACGAAGAAAAGGAGCAACUGCUCGAGAGCUACCUCCCAGACGGCCCACCCCAAGACGCACGACGACAAUGGCGCGACGAUGAUAUUCCUCCCAAGGGCAGGUUCGGCCUGAGACGCGCCCUCCGCUCAAAGCUACACCUUGCGAUUUACACAAUUCUCCACGCCAUUUUCUCUCUGUAUAUUCGGAUACGACAAGCAUGGCAUCUCGUGUGCUACCACAUAUCCUCCAUCAUGUUUUACCACCACCGAACACCAGAAUAUAUCGAGCGGGAUGUUGUUGGUCUGAAGAAGAAGCCGAAACAUCUCAGCGUCAUUUUAAAGCGCGAACCAAGUGGGAGACACGGGGCUGAGUUGGAGAGAUUGGUCGCUGAAGCGGCCGAGAUUGCCGUAUGGUGCGUCUGCGCCAAGAUUCCCGUCCUGACGGUGUACGAGCGGACAGGUCUUCUUAAGCACUACCUUCCUCACCUGCAACAAUCCAUCAUCCAGAAGUCGCGAUCCUACUUCGGUAGACACCAGCCAGCUUUGACCGUGGCCAUGCCGCACGCCGACGACGUCCUCGAGUCGCCAGCCCACGGCGAUUUCGCGCGCAACGACCCGCGCCACCUCAAGGUUCUCUUCAUCUCCGCAGAGGACGGGCGGGCGUCCAUGGUUGAUCUCACUCGCACCUUGACCGAGAUGUCACAAAAGGGCAAGCUCCACCCCCGUGACAUCAGCACAGAUCUGAUCGAUGCGGAGCUGUCGGAGGGAAUCAUGCCGGAACCCGAUCUGCUCAUUUCGUUCGGUCCUUACGUCGACCUUGAUGGCUACCCUCCCUGGCCCAUUCGCCUCACUGAGAUCUUCUGCUUGCCGGAUAACCAGGGCGUCGGAUAUCAAGUCUUUUUAAGAGCGCUGCUCAACUUUUCAAGCGCACAGUUCCGCAAAGGCAAAUAGAGAGGUGUUUGGGUUGCGUAUACCCCAUGAAAGUUGUCACGACGUUCCCUUAGGCUGGUCUUUGGCGGAAGAUACCCGCAUUUCCCGCAUCGUUUUGUCCCACCG